UCACCAGAGAAAAUAAUCUGUGCCGGUCGCCAAUGAAAAUCCUUGUUAGUGGGACGCUAGUCGAGCAAUGCGGAAUUGCUAAACUAGCGAAAACCAUGUCCUUGCAUGCUAAACGUUUGUUUUUUCGAGUUUAAAACGCCUUUAUAACAUUUCCAGAUCCAGUAUGCCUCUCUUUAAAUACGCUCCUAAAAUGUGGGAUGCCCUCAAACUGAAAGAAGGCAUCUACUCCCGCCUCCCCAAGCAUUACCUGAAGUCUCUGGAGGAGAAGGAGCCCACGGCAGUCCACUGGAGGCCCCUGGGGGUCCAGUACCGGCGCAACCCCAAAACGGGCCAGAAGGAACGAGUGCAGGAUGUCCCGAUCCCCAUCUACUACCCUCCCGAGUCCCAGAACGGCCUUUGGGGGGGCGAGGGUUGGGUGUCGGGCUACAGAUACGCUAACAACGAUAAAAUGUCCCCACGUCUGCUGAAGACGUGGAAACCGCAGCUGUUCAAGAGGGAACUUUACAGCGAGAUCCUGGACCACAAGUUCACCAUCAUGGUCACGGCUCGCACCCUGGAUCUCAUCGACGCUGCCUUCGGUUUUGACUUCUACAUCCUCAAAACACCUAAAGAAGAUCUGAAUUCCAAACUGGGCAUGGACCUGAAGCGGGCCAUGUUACUGCGCCUGGCUCGCAGAGACACUCAGCUGUAUCCGGAGGACCCCGUGAAGAGGGACGCGGUGUACAGCAAAUACAAGCGAUUUGAGAUCCCCGAAGAUGAGGCCGAGUGGGUGGGUCUCACCCUGGAAGAGGCCGUGGAGAAGCAGAGGCAGCUGGAGCACAAGGAGCCCGAGCCGCUGUUCAAGGUGUGUGCGGAAAAGCUGAUAGAGGAGCUGCACAUCCAGAAGUUGUCUGAGCCUCAUGUCACAGAGAGCAAAUGAAGAAGUGCAAGAAAAGCCCGGCGAGCCUCCGCUUGGAAAAAGUCGCACCUGCGUGCGACACGCAGGAAACGCCAGCCGCCACUUCUUGAUCUCACUUCCUCCUCCUGCCUUUGCCAGAAGAGCAUCCAACACUGAUGUAAAUACAACAGCGAGUCAUUUGUCAUCUUGUAUAAGUUUUUUUUUUUUUUUCUUUUUAAGGAUGGGGGGGGGGAUCACCUUCCUGAACAGGAAGUGAAAUAAGGUACAAAUGAAAUUAUCGGUUUAAAAAAGCAGAACAAAUGAAAGCAGUUUUAAGCACAAAGAAAACGAACUUGUCACUUAGCCGAGAGCCACAAUUUCAGCUCUUUCAUUUUUCUGGAGCUUUGGGCUGUCCUGCCUGCUGAAUACAAAAAGUCUACACACCCAUGCUCAAAUGCCACCUUUUUGUGAUAUAACAAAAUGAGGCCAAGAUAAAUCAUUUCAAAACUUUUUUUUUUUUUUCAAUGCUGUAAAUGUGACUUAUUUUACAACUUGGUUAGAGCAAGUCAAAAUGUUUUGCCCUCGUGGGCACCUCUUGUGACCGAGGAUGUGGCUGUGUUCAUGACUAACCAAUCCCAUUCAAGCUCGUGUUAAAUGGGAGUCACCACACACCAGCCACGAUUUAAAAUGUCUCUUAUGAACUUUCAAAUCUAGGUGAAAACGUUUCCUUACAUUUCCUUUUGUGCUGCGAGCACUGAUUGCUAUUUUAUUUAUUUUUCAAAGUUAACCACCACCCAAGCCACAAAUCGGAACGGAGCAUAAGUGCCGUGCUUCAACGCAGCUUUGGAGUUCUUUUUGGGGGUCUUGUAUUUGAAACUAAACUUCCUGGUGUUCAUCUGCUUUCUCUUUCACGGUUGCCUUGCAUCGCGCUUCCUGUAAUCGAAUAUUAUAAUGUGACGGGGAGUCCCGAGCUCAGUGUGGGGACUCCCGUGGGUGUUGGAAACCCAGAGAGUGGAAAAUGUGACCGCUAUAAAUAAACACACUGUAGUACA